CUUAUCUAGAACGAAUGAUGAUAUAAUUGUGGUUCUGUCAUUGUGGAGUUUCGUUCAUUCGAGAGCUUUAACGAUGAACAUGUUAGCAUCAUCAUCACCAUCAAUGUCUGUUCUUCUUCCCACUACCACUUCAAAGCCUCUUACAACCUUUUCAAUUCGACCCAACAAAACCAACAACAUCAAGAUGAAGAUGAAAACAAACCGUUUUACUGUUUCUGCUGCUGUUGCUGAAGAUAUUGUUUCUUCAGAAUCUUCUCCUUCUCUUCAGCCUCAGCCUCAAUCUGAAUCUCAGAAGCUAGGAGUGGUUGUGAAACCAACAGAAAAACCAAGACUUGUGUUGAAAUUCAUUUGGAUGGAGAAGAACAUCGGCAUUGCACUUGACCAAAUGAUACCUGGCCAUGGAACCAUUCCUCUAAGCCCUUAUUACUUUUGGCCGAGGAAAGAUGCUUGGGAAGAGCUUAAGGAGUUGCUAGAGAGUAAGCCUUGGAUAUCUCAAAAGCAAAUGAUUAUUCUUCUCAAUCAAGCUACUGAUAUUAUCAAUUUGUGGCAGCAAAGUGGUGGUAACUUAUCCUCGUAAGGUUCAAAUCUACGAUAUUUGUAUCAAAUAGGAUAUUUCACCUCUUUAAUGUUAUGUUUAUUGUGUUGCAUUUGUUGUUACUAUAUGUAUACCAGACAAGCGCCAAAUUCUUUUAGAUGAAUAUUUACUUUUUGUUCUAUCA